UUGCAGCUCUUGUUUCAGUGAAAACUGUGUUUCUUUAUUUGUGGAAGUCUUCGAUUAGAAGCAAAAAUGGCCGAAGCAAAGCUGAGCGGCAUAAAGGACAAUAGGUGGUCACUCCAUGGCAUGACGGCGCUUGUGACAGGAGGCUCUCGAGGCAUUGGGCAUGCCAUCGUUCAGGAAUUGGCAGAAUUUGGGGCAGCCAUUCACGUAUGUUCACGGAAGCAAGAUGAUAUUGAUAAGUGUUUGGAAGAGUGGAAAAAGAAGGGAUUCAACGUCACCGGUUCAGUCUGUGAUGUCAAAGACCGCGAACAACGCCUCAAGCUCAUGGAAACUGUUUCCUCAAUCUUCCACGGAAAGCUUAACAUUCUGGUGAACAAUGCAGCGAUAGAAAUAACAAAGGACAUAUUAGAUCACACUGCUGAAGAUUUAUCAACUAUAAUGGCUAUAAAUUUUGAGUCUGUUUUUCAUUUGACUCAACUUGCACAUCCACUUCUUAAACAAUCUGGAUAUGGGAGCAUAGUAUUUAUUUCAUCCAUUGCAGGUGUAAAAGCUAUUCCAGCUUUAUCUUCUUAUUCAGCCGCUAAAGGAGCCAUUAAUCAAUUCACCAAGAACGUAGCGUUGGAGUGGGCAAAGGAUAACAUUCGUGCAAAUGCUGUAGGACCUGGACCAAUUUGGACUCCAAUGCUUGAUUCUAUCAGGGCGAAAACUGGAGCAGAAGAGUAUGAUGCUAAUGUUACAGCUAAAAUACCUUUUGGUCGUAUAGGAGAAACCAACGAAGUAUCACCGGUCGUUGCUUUUCUUUGUCUCCCAGCCGCAUCAUACAUCACUGGGCAGAUUUUCUAUGUAGAUGGCGGUUUCACAUCUUAAAUUUCAAUGUGUGACUGCACAAUUAAUUAAGAGUUACUUUUUCUGAAUUGAUUCUUUUCUGCAAUUUUUAUUCUCCAUCGUUCACAUGUAUCCUUUCAUUCUUGCUUACCAAGUUCAUAAGCAUUGUCUGUUGUCGUAUUUGGCCCGAAUGUGUUAUGUCCAAAUAUUUGCUUCAUAAUUAUAAUUAUAGUUUUUGGAUAUUCUUUCCAU